AUGCCUGGGGGCCAAGUAAAAAUAGAUACUUGGCUAAAAGAAGAGAGGUCCCAGCGUGGGGCAUGGGGCAGCACGUGUGUGUGGCGGGGGAAGCUGGGGGUCUGUGGCCACCCACAGCAGUGCUGGGGCAAUCCACACCCCAACUGGGGCUGGGAGCCUUUGGGUCAGCGCCGCAGACACCACACACUCCUUCAGGGCACAGCCCUUUGUCCCCCUGAUUCCUGCGUCUCCCCUCCAGGUCUGCUGGAAAUCUCCCCGGUGGAAAGAGGAGUGGUGAGCAUAUUCGGUGUUAGAAGUGGACUCUUCGUGGCCAUGAAUAGCAAAGGCAAACUCUAUGGAUCUCUCAGGUAUUCCACUGAGGACUGUUCCUUUGAAGAGGAGAUUCGUCCCGAUGGCUACAAUGUAUAUAAAUCAAAAAAAUACGGAAUAUCGGUGUCUUUGAGUAGUGCCAAGCAAAGACAACAGUUCAAAGGAAAAGAUUUCCUUCCACUAUCUCACUUCUUACCUAUGAUCAACACUGUGCCGGUGGAGUCAACAGACUUUGGUGAAUACGGUGAUUACAGCCAGGCCUUUGAACCGGAGGUGUACUCCUCGCCUCUCGAAACGGACAGCAUGGACCCCUUUGGCAUCACCUCCAAACUGUCACCCGUGAAGAGCCCUAGCUUUCAGAAGUGACUCUGAUCACACAUACAUGUUUUUAAAGAAAUGCUGCAGAAUACUGCAGGCUUUUUAGCUUUUCAUGUAGUGAUAUUUCGAACUUUUUUGUAUAUUUCAGUAUGGAGCCAACCUUUUCCUUGCAAUGCAUUGUACCUGUAAGAAAUGAGUGCCCACAGGCUAUUCCAUAGUCUAAGUUGCCUAUCCAUAGUUCAAUUUGGAAAAGAAGGGUUAAAUAAGAAAAUCUUAGCAGCUUCAUCAUCUUCAUCAUCCAUUACCGUGGUGAUGAUGAAAUACUUACAAUUCAUCUACAUCUACUUCAUUACCACAUAUGUUCACCUGCUAUUUCUGCUUCUAGAAGCAAAUGCAGAAAGCCUUUUCCUCUUCAGAGGCCUUAAAGACAAACAUUUGGACCAAAAUACAAUUAAGGAAAACCUAGCAAAUAUGGUUACGCAAACUAGAGUUAACACUGUGUCUUGAAAAGCUGCUGACAAUGUUCUGGGAAGACUUUCUAUUGAAAGCAUACCACUGAAAAAAACAAUUCUGCUUGUACAUUGUGCUUUUUCUUCCCUUAGGAAAUAAGGGAAAAAAGGAAAAAAAUUCUCCCUUCCCUUAUUGCUAAAGGGUACUUUGGAAAACGGGAUCUUUGAUUUCUUUUGUAGGAUAAUUUAUGUUCACUGUGGCAUCAGCAUCAUCCAGCAGACAGUUCUCGCUAACACUAGUGAGAAUUCAGUGUGUGGUUGGAAGAGUGCACAGAACGAGCAUUUAUAUUCAUCACGUAGGGAAUGAGCAGUUCAAAUUAGUGUUUAAAUUGAGGUUCUGUUGUAUAUAAGCAAGUAUGUUGUUAGCAAACGGAGAGAAAGACUGAAAAUGGAUGAUGUAUAGGUCAAAUCAGUUGCAAAAUAGAUUUUGUGUUUAACCUUUAACCAUCAGCAAAUCUUUCAGGUUCCCUCCAGGCUUGAUUCUGCAUCCGUGGAAAUCAGUGGAGAGACAGUUUAGUGACUUAAAUGCCACAGAACUGGGUCAGCCACACUGUUCUUCUGGUAGGAAGGGAUUAUGAAUACCUCAUGGCCAAAACACGGAUGUCUGAUGUCUUCAGUUCUGUUCUCCCGUUGUAACGAUUUGAUGAAGGAAUAACCAAGGUGAAACCAAAGAAAAAAAAAAAAAAAAAAAAAAAAAAAAAAAAGUGUGAAAAGGGUUCGGGGAUUCUACUCAUUUCCAAAGGUUCAUUUAUAAUAGAGAUUUCUAUAUCAAAAAAAGCUCUACUGGAAAUACUGCUGUUCUUCUGACCUAGCACUUCAUUGCCAAUGCAAUAUUUAUAAUUAAUUUAUUGAAUACAUACAUCUGUUUAUUUUGUUACUGUUAUUUAUGCUCAAAAUUCUAUUUAUAUACUCUUGAAGGUGGGUUUUUUAG